AUGAGAAACGUGAACCUCUUGGUUCCGUUGGCAACCUCAUGGCUUCUCUCCGUGGCUGAACGGUCCAGGCUGGAUCUUGUUGAACACCUUGCUCAAGAUGGAGUGGUCGCCGUCGCAGUGGGCCACCGCCACCAGGAGUUGUCCAUGGCCCGCAGCCGUGCCGAUCUUGAGCAGCUCACGAAGAAUGCCUCAACCCCGCGUACUGUGCAGAGCGCAAGAUGGCGUCCUAUUGCGUUGACACACGUCUCGGGCUCCUUGGGCAACAUCGGUAUCCAGGCACGCUCCCAGGGCUUGCGCAACGAGUCGUCGUCUGCCCAUUAUGCUUGCGGCAUGUGUCGCCUGUUGGCAGACCGGUCGGCCGUGACACGCAGAAAGGCUGCACUCACCAUCGGGAAAGGCCGCAAGCACGUGCUCCCUGCCUUGAAUCAGUUGAAGGGUUUGCUGCAGGACACAAAUGCGGGGGUCCGCCAGAAUGCCGCGUGGGCCAUCGGGCGCGGCGGCAGCAAAGCCGUGCUCCAGGCCAUGGACGAGUUGAAGGCUUCCCUGCAGGACGCAAAUGCAGGAGUCCGAGAGAAAGCCACGUGGGCCAUUGGGACUGGCGACAGGGAGGCCGUGCUCCAGGCUGCGGGCGAGCUGAAGGUUUCGCUGAGGGACGCAGAUGCAAGGGUCCGCAGAAACGCCGCCCUGGCCCUCGGGACGGGCGGCGGCAAGGCGGUGCUCCCGGCCAUGGACGAGUUGAAGGCUUCGCUGCAGGACACGGAGGACGCAGAGGUCCGCAGAACCGCCGCGUCGGCCAUCGGGAGCGGCGGUCCCGAGGCAGUGGCCCGGGCCGUGGACGAGUUGAAGGCCUCGCUGCAGGACACGGACGUGGCGGUCCGCAGGACCGCCACGUGGGCCCUCGGGAGCGGCGGCCGCGGGGCCGUGCUCCGGGCCUUCGGCGACCUCAAGGCCUCGCUGCGGGAUGCGGACGCGGGAAUCCGCAAGUUUGCCACGUGGGCCAUCGGGGAGAGUGGUCCCGAGGCCGUGCUCCAGGCCAUUGGCGAGCUGAGGGCCCUGCUGCAGGACGCAGGCGCAGCGGUCCGAAGCCGGGCGGCCUGGGCCAUCGGGCGCGGCGGCGCCGAGGCCGUGCUCCCGGCCAUGGGCGAGCUGAGGGCUCUCCUGCAGGACACAGAUGCCGGGACCCGAGGCAAGGCCGCGUGGGCCAUCGGGUGCGGGAAGCACGAGGCCGUGCUCCAGGCCGUUGGCGAGCUGAGGACGCUGCUGCGGGACUACCAUCGCAAGCCCCGGGAGAAGGCCGCAUGGGCCAUCGGGCACGGCGGCAGCAAGGCCGUGCUUCAGGCCAUGGACGAGUUGAGGGCGUUGCUGCAGGAUGCAGAUUCCGCAGUUCGCGUGAGGACCGCGAAGACCAUCGGGCUCGGCGGCGGGCCCUCGGCCGUGCUCCAGGCCACGGUGGAGCUCGAGGCCAUGCUGCAGGACGCAGACAGCAUGGCCCGCAGGGAGGCCGCGAAGGCUCUGAAGAGCGCUGGCGCAGAGGUCGUCGACCGCGCGGCAGCGUAUCUUCGGCCCUUGCUGGGUGAAGGAAAGAAGGUAGAGACACGCAGAAAAGCCGCAGAGGCUGUGGCUAUGUUGGGGCUCGCCGCCAUCGAGGGCACACUCCCAGAGUUGCGGCAGAUGCUUCGUGAAGACCGCUUUCUGAGGUCGGCAAGGUCAACAGCGUCAGCACGAAGGCAAGAUCUCCGGAAUUCUGAGGACGCACAUCUUACACAACAGGUUCCUGCAGCAGCUGCAAGGGCUAUAGAACAGCUGUGCGGCCUCGGCCUGGACCAUGUGCCAUUGGACUUGAUCCCCGACCUAAACCAAUCGUACAGCACACUAAACACCUACGCGUUAGAAUUUCCCGUGUCUGCGGACCCCGCCGUUGCCCACGACGUCGAGGUUGCAUUGGGUGCGGUUGUUAGGGUGAUGGAAGACAGAUGCAUGAACCUAUUCGAAACGCAAGUUGACGACUUGUUGCUUGCCAAGCAGUGGACGGUCGAGACACCGAGAGGCAGAAUGGUAAAGCAGGCUAACAACGUGAGGUCAGCUGGUUACGGACUGCAGGCGCACAGGUGCCCCAACAACGCUGCCUGCCCUGGCGAAGUCUUCAACGUCACCUACAGAGGCAGCACAGACACUGGCACCAGCGCGCGCAGACCGGCAAACGCCACGUGCCCCCUGGCACGCCGCAGCGGAGACGGCGCUCCCUGCAGCAGGGGAUACGACAGCAGGGUCGCCGGAUGUGCUGGCUGCAUCGCGGGGUGGGGCCGGUUGCCACUGGACGCGUUCUCGUGCAAGAGGUGCGGCAAGGUUUGGCUGCACUGGGCAGCUUGGUUGGCCCACCCCUCUGCGCUGCUCGCGAUCUCCAUGCGGAGCGCACAGAGUGUAGCGACGCGGGGUGACGCCGCCGCCUUUGCCAACGACAUGCUGAAGAUCGCGCUCUCCUUCAGCUCCAGCUCGGUCGUAGGGGCCGGCGGAUCUCGUCGCUCGCGUCCACGAACGCGUACCGGGAGCUGA